CUCAUCGCCAUCUUGUUGCAACCCUUUUCUUGUCUGGAAGAAUCGUGGGGGAUCUGGGUUACAUUUUUUGCUAUAUUUAUUUAUUUUAAUUUGUUUUAAUCCGAGAAGAGCAAAGAAAUACCACGAAAGUCAUUCAGCCUUUAUUUGUUCUUGGACUUAAAAAAACAGAAUCAGGGGAUCAUUCUGUGAUUGAGAAAUGAGCCUUGAAACCUUAUUGCAAGCAGCCUUGUUCUUGGAAUGGCAAGCCCAGCAACAACAGAGAACACGUGAUGAAAAUGAUAGAAUUUUGCUUGAACAAGAGGAAGAGGAAGAAGAUGAUGAAGAGGAGGAGGAAGACAAGAAAAGUGUAGUAAAAAAUGAGGCAUUGGUUAACCAUGUAAAGCCUGAUCCCGACACCCCACCAGCACCUACACCUCCUCCACCCCCUCCUCCACCUCUUGCAGCCCCUGUAGCGGUCAUGCCCCUACCUGUGAUACCCAGCACUCCACAACCAGUAGCCCACAUGACCAUUUCACCUCCUGUUGUACAGCAUCACCCUCCAGUGGUCAGCCCACCAGUUCUUAAUAAAGAAAUAUCGCUUGGUCCAGUCAUCCAGAGGCCCACAGGCCCAGUGCUCUCUGAAAUUAAGACCAUGCCUCUGAAUGCAGGAAGCCCCAAGCAGCUGCAUCAUUAUACCGCUCCAGUGCUGGCCAUUACACAUCAUCACCUCAUGCCACAGCAACAACAACCACAGCAGCCAACUAUACAACCACAGCCUCCUUCCCUGCAGCACCCACCACAGCAGCCACCACCUCAGACAUUGGGUACCCUUAGGCUUCCUACACCAGAUGAUGUGAGGCCCAAUGAGCAGAGGAGACGACCUGGAGGGGCUGGCACACGGGAAGUCCAUAAUAAACUGGAGAAGAACAGGCGUGCACACCUAAAGGAAUGCUUUGAAACACUGAAGAGGAAUAUCCCGAAUGUUGAUGACAAGAAGACUUCCAACCUCAGUGUAUUAAGGAGUGCCCUAAGGUAUAUCCAGAAUUUGAAAAGGAAAGAAAAGGAAUAUGAACAUGAAAUGGAGCGCCUAGCACGGGAGAAAAUAGCCACCCAACAGCGCCUGGCAGAUCUAAAGAAUGAACUCAGCCAAUGGAUGGACAUCUUAGAAAUUGACAGAAUUGUUCGUCAGACUGUUCAACCAGAGGAUGACCAGGCCUCUACAUCCACAGCUUCAGAAGGAGAAGACAACAUUGAUGAGGACAUGGAUGAUGACAGACCUGUAAAUUCACUAGCAAAGCGCCAACAACCUGAACUUAUGAAGAUGGUACAGUCCAGUGGAAUAUCCCUUAAUCACCAUUCCUCUGUUUUGCCUCAGCAUCUAUCCAUUCAGCAGAAACAAGUUACUUCCUCUCAUGUACAGCCUCAGAUUUCCAACCAAGCACUUGUUCCUCCUCAGGCCAUGGUGCCGGCACAGACUCAUAUUGUGGCUGCUUCCACAGUUCAGUCAACAGUUAUAGCCCACACGGCCACCACUCAUGCGUCUGUCAUUCAGACUCUCAAUCAUGUCAUCCCGGGGCCUCAGACCAAGCACAUUGCUCAUAUUGCACCUUCCACGUCAAGCCCAGUACAGCUUACCACUGCUGGUCAGCCAAUUGGCCACAUCACAGUGCACCCAGCAACCAUUAAUCAUAUGACCCACCUUGGUCAGCAGUUACCCAUUUACCCCCAGUCUGUUGCAGUCAGCCAACCUAUGAUGAGCCACAUUGCUCACACCAUCUCUCACCCUCAAGUUAAUGGAACCACAAACCUGGGUCAGCAGGCAGUUAUGGCAAAGCCUAGUGUGGGAACCCAGGUUGUCCACCAUCCCCAGUUAGUUGGGCAAACAGUCCUCAAUCCGGUGACUAUGGUGACCAUGCCAUCGUUCCCUGUCAGCACUUUGAAGCUAGCCUAAACACUCAAAGCAAAAUUACAAAGUUAGAUUGAAUACAAUUCAUAAAUUAUCCAGCGGACACAUUCUGCUAAAACUCCAUACAUUCCAACUAAGUCAUGUUCCAAGGAAGCAAAAUGCUGAAGCUCUGUAUCACCACAGCUUUGGAAAUGGCCCAUUCCAUAGGCCUUUCUUUAAAACAAAAACACUGGGCCUGGUGCGCUGGAAUUUCAUUGUUUUCAUUGUUUCAAUGGCAGCCAUUCAUAGUGACUUUUAAUUUUCUUCUUUCUACUUGUAAUCAGUGAAUUCAAAAUAAGACAUUGAUUUAUGUUCUGUCCCCCACUCAUGUUUUAGUCUAUUCUGUAGAUUUUUUAUGUUAUUUUAUAAGUUUCAAAUUCAUAAUCUUUUUUUGAACUAAGUUAUAAAGUGGGUAAACAAAACAUGCUAAGGAUAAAUUCCUUAAUUGUGUUACUAGCUUCAAGACACACACAGCAAUACAUAACCACAAAUUAGCAUUAUAUUUUAGUAGAUAAAGCAAAAAAGGCAGAGGUAAAAACAGGGUGUUGCUUAUUUGGUUUGGUGGACCAAUGCAUUAUUUUUAGAGAUGCCCCCCAUGAAAGCAUAAACAUUAACAAAUCUAGUCCUUUUGCAUUUAAAAAAUGCUCUGGCUCUAAAUUAUAAAUGUGAUCGCAGGAUUAGCAUAAUAAUCCUUCUGGUUUGUAUGGUUCCCUGGUUGUGCAUAUAAUAUUCUUACCAAUUCUGCUGUCUUCUUGCAUAGGAAACCUCCUAAUGUGUUGGAUAUGUAAUGUCCUAUUAAAAUUAUUAGGGGCUAAUACACAACAGAAGACCACUUAGCAAAUAUGGACCUCUGUCUUGUUCAGUAGAUAUCAUCCUGUACCAACCAAUUUAAUUCAUUAAUUUAUAAAUGUUUUUAUUAAAAGCCAGCUUCAAAUCUGUAUAAUUUUAACUACAAGCACUGAAAAUUCCUCUUUUAAAGUGGAAGUCUUUUGUGAUGGACUUUGUGCCAUGACUUUAUUAUUUUUUUCUAUAUAUAUAUAUAUAUAUAUAUAUAACCUAUUUAUUUUUAUUACUUUUCUUUGACAUUUCUUUUCAAUUUCUUUCUUUUUUUUCAUUUUAUAUUUUUUCAUCUCUUUUUCCUCAGCUGGUUUUAAAUAUAUACGUGUUUAUUGCCAGUUCAGAGUUUUUUAAAAACGUAAUGUAAUCACAUUAUUUGAUGAAUAUGUGUAAAGGCAUAGAUAAGUGUCUGUUUUGUAUCAAAGCAUGAAAAUGUUAUACGAUGCACUACACAGCAUUUGCAAAAAGCUGCUGUCAAAUUUAUUGAGCCCUUCCAUUUUUAAAUGCCUGAUACAAAUAGUUGGCCAGACUAAAAUGUUUUUAAAAAAAAAAAAUGAAAAAAAAAAAUCCCUUAUUUAAUAUUUUGGACACUCCCCAAAUUUAAGAGAGCAAAGAUCCAUCACAUAUUUUGCACACAAAAGCUGGCAUUUUUGUACAGAAGCUGCAACAUUCACAUUUCCAUGUCUGUUAUCUUAAUGCAUGAAUUCCCUCAACUUGGGAUAUGUGCUGUUUUUUUAUAGUAUGCAACAAUUUCAGUAUGUACCCAACAUUCUAAACCGCCUGUUCAUUUUAGGAUAACUGAGACCCAUUUUUGGGUUGUAAGCUUUUUUUUUUUUUUUAGUUCAUAUACAUUUUGUAUAUGCAUCUAUACAGUUUAGAUGUUCCAUUGAUUAGUGGUUUACUGUAAGUCCUGUUUUUAUUUCACUGAUAUUAUAUAUCAUAAUGAUGUAUAUGUAUCCUCAGAGCCUUUUUUAUUUUGUCUAAUGAUGCUGGACCUAUUACUUAUUUAUGUUAUCUAUAGAAAUGUAAUUGUUAAAUUACAAAUUUGGUACUGGCUGUAAAAUAAAAACAGAACCAAAAUACUAGAGAGAUUAUUAACAGAGGACAGGGGGGGGGGGUCAAAAUCCAGUCCUCAAGGUACACCAAUGGCCCAGAUUUUCAUGAUGUCCAAACGCUAUAGAGCCCAGGUGAAAUAAUCAGCUGAUCAAUAACCAUAGUUACCAAUCUGCUCUCACUUAUCAGCUGAUUAUUUCACUUGUGCUCCAGUACAGAUAUAAUGAAAAUCUGGCUCGUUGGUGGGUCUUGAAAACUGUAGUUGAAAAACACUGCUUUGGAGUUACAAACAGGCCAGAAUUUCAAGAUCGCUCAACCUGAACAAGAAUGAAUAACAUUAUAUAGCUUGGGUUAAGCCACAUGCAAAAAUGUAACGGAUAAUUAAAUAAAUAAAAAAACAACAACAUUCAUAUAUAGAGAGAACUAUUAAAAGAUGUUAAAAUAUUUUAGCGUGAAAAGAGUUACAUUAAAGCAAUUUAAAUUGGUAAUAAAGCUAACACAAUGUGCUUGCUUGCUUUAGGAGCUCAUUAGCUGAUUAAAACUCUCACAAUUCUGUUAGUGGUUAGGGCCACCUCCACGAGUACAAAAACGAGUAUUUUUUCACAGCACAAUCUUUGCAAUACAUUUUAAACUGCUUUUAUUUUACAUUCAACAAAUAAAAAAAAAUAACUUUAA